AUAUGUCAAAUCACGAAUGUUGGAAAUAAAACCAUUUAGUUUAUUGAAUAGUGGAAUACAAGUCGUAUGUCAAUUUCAGUUUUUGUAUUUUCUUGGAGGGAAUUUCUUUGAAAACCGAGGGAUCGUAGUUAAAAUGGAAAACUGAGAUUCGAAAGUUAAAUCAGCUGAAUUAAAAUGUCUAAUGUAUUACGGCCGGUAGAUGUAAAUGUUGAUAGAUCACCUCUACGUAAACGUGCAAGAUACGAUGAAGAUGUAGAUGAUCUUAAUAAAAAUGAGAGAUGGAGUUUACACAAAAAUGAAGUAGUUUUACACGAAAUUUUUGAUCACGGCGUAGGACGUUUAGAUUGUGAUGAUGAAGAAAUUUUCACAGAUGAUGAUACUAUAUUUUGUAAAACCGAACCUGGUGCUAUAGACGUCUCGUGUGCUUCUAUGACACCAAAUACAAGAGAUAAACAGUUAUCAAUAUUGGAGUCAACUUUAACUAAGGAAUCACUAGAUAAGUUAAGUCUUGGUGAAUGGGAUUCGAUUUUAGUAACAAAACCAAUUAUUAAACCUACAGAUAAAACAAAUUAUUUCGAUUUAUUAUCAGAUGAAGUGAUUCUAUAUAUACUAAGAUGGUUACCAAAAACUUAUUUAAUGGAUAUAGCAUUAGUUUGUAAGAGAUUUCAUAGACUUACUCAGGAUGAGAGCUUGUGGACAAGAAUGGAUGUUUCGAAUAGACAUCUCCAAGCUGGAGAAUUAGGGAAAAUAAUGAGUAAACAAGUUGUUGUUUUAAGGUUGGCAAGAUCAUCCGUAAAAUAUCCACCCAUUUUGCCGGGUGUUAAGGCUGCUUUACCAGACUUCAAAUCAAGACUGCUCUAUUUAGAUUUAAGUAUGGCAUAUAUUUCUCCUCAAAGUCUGACUAUAUUGUUAAGUAAAUGUAGGCGCCUUAAGAAACUCAGUUUGGAAAACGUUCAAGUUAAUGAUGAGGUCUUGAUAGCGUUAUCGGCCAAUAAAGACAUUGAAGUUAUUAAUUUUGCAAUGGCCGCGGGGAUGAUGGAGGAUGGAUUUAAAUAUUUAUUAGCUAAUUGUAGAAAAAUUCGAGAAUUGAAUUUAGCUUGGACGUAUUUGAAUACUCCUUCUAUCCAAUAUAUUUGUAAAAAUUUGCCGUCCACAAUGGAUAGACUUAAUUUAUCUGGUUGUAGGAAAUUAUUGACUGAUAAACAUGUAUUUGAUCUAGUUUCGAGUUGUCCAAGACUAAGAGAAUUAGAUUUAUCUGAUUGUACUUCUAUAACUGGAGAAGCGGUCGAACGACUAACAGUAUUAGAAGAAUUAAAUUUUUUAGCACUUUCACGAUGCUAUUUAAUUCCAUACAAAUCAUUACUAUAUCUGAAAAAAAUUUAUAAUCUUUCUUACUUGGACAUCCACGGGGGUUACAACGACGCAGACGAAUUAAGGACGAUACAAGAAGGAUUGGGGGCCAAAGUUCAAAUAAACAAAUUCAAAUUUAGUUCGAUAGCUAGACCUACUGUGGGUAUGCGGAGAUCUAGUAUAUGGAAUAUGCGAGUACGAGACUGAUUAUGUCCCAUUUAACGUAUUAAAAUGCUGAUUUGUGAUUUAAUUUAUAAUUAAGUUUAUAUCGUUAUUAAAUGUGAAUGGUCUCAGUAUAAACGUCGUUGUUUGACAUAACUUGGAAAGUUAAAAAAUUUAAAUAAGUAGGUUCGUUAGAAGAAAAAGGGUAUUUUUAUUAUUGGUUAUUGAUUAAGUCAUUUUGUUGAAAUUUUGAUACCUUUAUGGUAAAAAUGUUGAUUGCUAUAUAGAUUUUGACAUAUUAUAAGGAUUCCGUUAUACUGAUAUUUUCUUCCUAUUUUAUCGUUAUAUCUAAUUUAAAUAAAAAAAUACAAAUGUAAUUAACAAAGUUAUUCAACAUUUAAAAGCAAAUUUCUGCAAUAAUUUUUGAUAUUCCUGGAUUGAUUCGUAAAAUUUUCCUAAUUUGGUUAUGGGAACUAUUUUUUUUUGUUUCAAACAAUUUCUCUUUUAGAUAAUUUAAUUGGAAAAUGUGAAAUGGUAAAUUGAACUAUAUUUUUCAUAUUUCGGUUUUUUUUUCAACUUAUCGAUGAACUAUAAAUGAAAAUUUCUAAAAUAUUUGUUGUAACACCAUAACAAUUAAAAUGUAAAUGACCUGAAAGUUAUUUUCAUAUUAACUACACUUCUCAGGGAAAUUAAUACAUAUUUUACCAAAAAAUAUAAAAAAGAGGGUUUGAAACACAAUUUAAAAAAGCAACUUGAGUUCAAAUCUCAUUUUACAAGGUAAUUUUGGAUAAAGGGAGCGAUUUAAUCUCUGAGCAUUUAGGUGACCUGUUCCAAUGAUCACCCUAUCAACAUGUCACCCUCUAUCGUUACUGAUCUGUUUCGAUAUGCAUACCUUGAUCGCAUGCAAAACUUUUCUGCUCGUCUGUAAACUGGAAAGUUUAUCAUUGCCAAAUCUGGACAAUAUUGGGUUGGCGAUAAAGUAAUUUCGGUUUUGUAUUAUAAAAUAAAACUUUUUUUAAUCAGUUAUAUAUUUUCCAUUUUGCUCAAUAACCUUUUGCCAUCUUUCUUUCAACUUCAUGAUUACCCGUUCGUAAAAUUUCCAGACCUUAUCAGCAAAAAACUGAACCAGGUAUGAUUGAAGGUCAUCGUCAUUCGAACUUCGAAAUAAAUGGUAAUCAGAUGGUGCCAGAUCAGGGCUGUAUGGAGUAUGUGGCAUCACUUCCCAGCCAAGCUCAAAUAGUUUCCCACGAGUUGCCAAAAAUGUGUGAGGCCUUGCAUUAUCAACCUUUCCGAUUUGACAAUUCUGGCAGUUUUUCUAUGAUUGCUUCAUCCAAUUUCAUUAAUUGUUGACAGUAAACAUCGGAAUUGAUCGUUUGGUUCUUGGGAAGUAGCUCAAAAAAACCCAAUGUGACCAAGUAUUACGUGUCAAACGGCAAAGUAUAGCACUAAUAUAUAAGUUAUUCAAAAAAUAAGUUGCCAACCUUAUAUUUCUUCCUAGUCCAAAUCAUAUCCUAUUUUCAAUCAUUUUGCUGGAGUAUGCAUUUGCGUUUGAAUAUAUUCAAUCAGUACCCUGAAUAUCUUUUAUCAUUCAAAAUAUUUUAUUUUCUCUUUGAUUCAAUAUAAAUGUUGUUCCAAAUUGGAUAUUUUUGAGUAUUAGUCAAUUCGCAGAAUUUGGGUUUAAAAUAAAACAAUUGAUCAUGUUUUGAAUUAUAGGAUUUAUUACAAAGUUUAUCCUACUUUUGCAUCUAUUUGGAUGUUUUUAAAGCCUGUGUGAAUGAAUAGCACAUUCCCAGCGGUGUUUCCCUGAAACUUCCUUCUUUUUGUCAGCGUAUCGAUAUUUGUAAACAAGGAAGAACUAAAACUCGAGCUACCAAAGCUGUUGCUGUUUUAUCCCGAUUGUUUCACACAUUCUUCUCAAUAGAUCAACGUAGUUUUAUUUGGUGAUAGUGUUACCUUUCUGAGCAUUUUAACUAUCGAACAAUUUCAAAACACUGUCUUCACCCUUUUGGUCUUUGAGAUACAAAAUUCUUCCAUACAUUUGUUUCGAGAUCAUAACCUUAAAAUUCCUCACCUGUAAAAAUCUAGUUUUCCAAGAUUAUAAGUUGAUUUAAUUUUACCAUCGAGAUACGACUUGAUACUUUUGGGACAAACAUCUUUUUUGUAUAAAAGAUAAUCCAAUUUGAAGCAAGUUAUUCUUUGUUGUUGGUUCCAAAUAAAUUCACUUUUUUUUAUAUUUUGUGUUCAAAAAUAGGAUGUAAGUAUUGGAUAGUACCUCAUUUAGUUAUUGCCGGGUAUUACAAAUAAGCUUUUCAAGUAGUUGGAAAAUUAUUAAUAAGAAAAUGUUUUAUUACAGUCAUAUUCAUUUUCCUCCAUUUUUUCGUUCGAUUAAUUGUUAUUGCACAUUAAAAUUUGGACUUACCGGCUGUUAAUAUAUUCGAAAUAUUGUUACGAUUAUAUAUAAUUACGACAGAAAGUGCCUUAAUAAAUUUGUAUAAAACAA